CCAGAGGUUAUCUCGAUGAACAUGACGCCCGUUCAGAUCGUCUACUCGUCCCUCUUUGCGCGCUGGGCGUGGGUGGUGCAGCCGCGAAACCUGAUGCUCUUUUUUUGCCACGUGUCGAAUGUCCUCGCGCAGUCGAACCAGCUCCGGCGCGCCUUUGAGUACCAGGUGGAG